AUGGAGGCACCAGCUGUUGUAGAGGACAUUCCUGCGGACAUUCCUGCGGACACAGGCGUAAAGCCUGUUGAGGACGCGCAUGAGGGAUUUCCGGGUGGCCCGAGCGACCCAUCCGUGUUGACCCUGUAUGCGGAUCACGUUGCUUGCAGCGUAUGGACGGGAGAGGAAUGUCUUGAAUUGAAGCUAUCCUUUCAUGGGAGGAAGGUCCACAAUUUAGGCAGGCCUGUCCCUGUCAUUGAGGGACUUGUUGCUAGUACAGGACUAAGUCCUCUGAUCGCGUGUUCGAUAGACACCGGCGAUCGGGGACUUUUGUCCGCGUUUAUGGAGCGGUGGCACCGGGAGACGUCUAGUUUCCAUCUCCCGGAGGGGAGAGCUCAUCAUCACAUUGGACGACGUCUCCUCUCUUCUCCAUCUUCCCGUUAUUGGUGA